ACAUUAAUCUGGACCAUCAUCGCCAAAUCUUUAAAGUUUUUUAUGGCGCUCUCAGUGUAGAGCGUCGGGCUUCUACUAGCCUGCUGCAGCCUGCUAGCUUCUCAACAAAGGCCGAGGUAAUCAUCACGAUCCUCUCGUCUUCAAUAGGACGUCAUGAGCUCCGUAGCAACGUCCAUGAAUAACGACACCUUGAUUUGACCUAUCCGUCACUUAUCUAUCAAACUCUGUCGUGACGAACCUGGGACGCGAAAUUCUAUCGCCUCCUCGUGCUCUCCACAGCAAUGAACGUAGGCGCGCACGCCCGCUCUUUCACGCCUCCCCAGACCACUCUCGAGAUUUGCGCAAACUCCCUGCAAUCGGCUCUCGCCGCUGAAGCCGGUGGUGCCGAUCGAAUCGAACUAUGCUCGAACCUUGAGCAAGGCGGUAUCACACCGUCACAAGGACUGAUCAAGCAUGUUCUGUCUGUUCUCGGCAUUCCAGUGCAUGUCCUGAUUCGACCACGGCCUGGAAACUUUGUAUACGACAACGACUACUUGAGCAUCAUGCGCGCCGACAUAGAGGUCUGUCAGAAGCUCGGUGCCCAUGGGAUCGCUAUUGGUGUCUUAACGGCAGAUGGACGUGUCGAUGUAGAGCAGACGCGUGCGUUCGUAGAGCUAGCCAAGGGCAUGAGUGUGACAUUCCACCGGGCAUUUGACGACGUGGUUGACCAGGACGAGGGACUAGAAGACGUCAUAUCGACUGGAUGUGCGCGUAUCCUGACAUCAGGCGGCAAAGACAACAUCUUGGACGGCGAAUUACGAUUACGGAGACUGGUGACGCGGGCUGGAGGAAGGAUUGUUGUCAUGCCUGGAAGUGGGAUCACGACCGACAAUAUACGUGAUCUGUUUGAUCGGACUGAUGCGAGAGAGUUCCACGCGAGUGCAACAGUGACACUCACGCCGACAAAGGAGGAGAAAAGUAAGUCAAGGUUUGCAGUGAGUCGAAAAAGAACGGACAAGCAUAUUGUACGGAAGCUAAGGGAACUAUUAACUCUUGAGGCAAGGGAAAAGCCAAACCUGCACCAGGGUCAUCAGGGGUAUCCAACUACUUGAUUCUGUUUUUCGAAGACCCGUUCAAGAUCAUAGAUGAUAACCUAGACAGUCCGUAUCAUAGCGACAAUUCAGGUUUAAGUUUCUGUAUGACAGCCGUGUUCUUGCCUCGGAUUAACAGCAGGUAGCAAAGGCAACAGUUCGACGUUGACCCUGUUU